UCAUUAGAUUCCACCAUGUAGACUUGAAAAGACAUGUUGCCACACACUUAUUCAAGAGAGAGAGAGAUAUACGGUGUAAUCAUAACUUGUUAUUCUCUCCCUCUCUCUUCCAUGCAUGGUAUCCACCAUCCCCUUUUUAAGAACAAAAUUUUACAGACCAACCCAUUAAAAAAAAGAAGCUUAUAGGUUAAGAAACUUCCUCCACUAAAAACCCUAAAAAAUAUAAUAAAACAAAAAGAGAUGAGAAUAUCAUGAGGGAAUAAGCCCAAAGUAAACCAAACUAAAGCCUCUUCUUGCUGCUUUCCUCCUCCUCCUCUCCUCCUUUAAUGCUUUUUUCCCUUUCUUUCUCUUCUCUUGUAUUCCCUUAUUGUGAUUCUCCACCAUCAUCAAACUUUAUAAAAGAAACAUAAAAAGGAUUUUCAAUACCAUGGUUUUCUCUUCUAUUCCAGGCUAUAUAGAUCCUCCCAAUUGGCACCAGCAACAAAACCAUCAUCUUCAAGGAAAUGGAAGUGAUAACAACACUCAACUCCUUCCACCUUUACCACCUCAAGUGGGAGGUAGUACUGGCGUUGGCGGUGGUAAUAUUAUCGGCUCGAUCAGACCAAAUUCAAUGGCAGAUCGAGCUCGUUUAGCAAAAUUACCACCGCCAGAGCCAGCGCUAAAGUGUCCACGAUGUGACUCAACCAACACUAAGUUUUGCUACUUCAACAACUAUAGUCUCACUCAACCUCGUCACUUUUGUAAGACAUGUAGACGUUAUUGGACAAGAGGGGGUGCACUUAGAAAUGUUCCUGUUGGUGGAGGGUGUCGUAGAAACAACAAGAAAAACAAAAGAAGCCGUUCAAAAUCACCUUCAACAGCUACAAACUCUGAGAAAUUACAAACAACAAGUGCAAAUAUCCCUUCUUCUCAUCAUGAGAUAAUUGGUCAGUUACCACCACAUCAAAUUACAAAUCUACCCUUCAUGGCUUCUCUUCAGAAUCUGAGUCGUUAUACAGUUGGAAACAUGAAUCUUGGUAAUUUGCAGCAACAACAAGAAACAGAUCAUAUGGGGUUUCAAAUUGGUUCUGUUUCUGCAGGUAAUAAUAAUAUUGGAGUUGAACAACAGUGGCGUAAUUUGCAGCAAUUUCCAUUCUUGAAUACUUUUGAAUCAUCAAAUUCUGCUGGAAAUAAUUCAUACCCUUUUCAAGGAGAAAGUAAUAUUGAAGCUUCAGCUUCUGUAUUUGUUGGAGAUACAGGAUCGAAUUCUAGGGUUAAUAAUAAUACUCAACAACCACCAGUUAAAAUGGAAGAAAAUGGAGGUUUGAAUUUGUCAAGAACUUCACUUGGUAUCACUGAACAUAACCAACAAUACUUUUCAUGGAAUGAUCUAUCAGGUUCUUCAACUAAUCAUCAUCUCUUGUAACUUUUACUUACUACUGUAGAAUGAAAUAUAAACAAAAAUGAUGAUUCAAAAGUUGAUGUAUAUGAUCUUAAUUUAAGACCAAAUACAUCAACUGUAAUUAUCAUUUUUGUUUAUAUUUUAUUAUGAAAAAAGUAUUGGACAACUCUUUUGACAGAAACGAAACAGAACAGAACAAAAUGGAAUAGAGAUCAGUGAUCACAUCACAACUUCAACUAUGAAUCUCUCAUAUUAAUUAACAAAGGCAUGGUAUGGUAGUAGAAUUGAUGAUCUCAUCUUCUUCUAGAUGUAAUUUCUGGUCAUUGAUUUUCUUUAUUUUUUUUCUUUCUUUCUUUUUUUUAUGGAGUCAAGUAAUUUGUGUACUAUAUAUAUGGGUUUGUUUUAAUUUGUUUUGUAUAACUGUGUGUGCAUGUAAUGUUAUAUGUGUUUUCAAUCUGACUUUGGUACAAAAAUUUCAUUAAGUUUACUUACUUUAUAACACCUAUA